ACCGGUUCUACUACAGACAGAUACGAGCCGUGCUAUAAUAAUAUGACGACGCCGUCAACUUCACUUAAAGCUUUCAUCAAGAAGAAACCAUGGCAACACCCGCUGAUCUGUUGGAAAUACUGGAAGAUUUGGCAGAUGAAGACUUUGAAAAGUUCAAAUGGUAUCUGCAGCAGGCUGAGGACCUGAAAGAUUUCCCAGCAAUCUCAAGGAGCAAACUUGACAAUGCAAACAGGAUGACCACAGUGUCUGAGCUCAAAGAGACUUACAACACAGACGCAGUGGUGGUGACCAUCAAGGUCUUAAAGAUGAUCAGAAGGAAUGACUUGGUGCAGCGUUUGUCAAGUAUAAACCCAACAUCAAAAGAGACCCUAGCUGCCUGCCAGCUUAAACUCAAAUCCUAUGUGCAGAAGAAAUUCCAGCAUUUGUUUAAACAACCUGCGAAAUCUAGAAAGCGGAUGCUGAUAAAUGAUAACUACAAUGAGCUGUAUAUCACAGAGAGAAGAGGAACUGAAACAGCAUCCAGAGAAACUAUCGACAUGGAAGACUUCUUUAAAUCAACACCUGGUCAACGUGCGUCAUUCAGAACAUUAAUGACCAAAGGAGGGUCUGGGAUUGGGAAAACUGUCCUGACACAAAAAUUUGCUCUGGAUUGGGCUGAAGACAAAGUCUUUAAUGAUAUACAUUUUGUUUUUCAUCUCACUUUCCGAGAGUUGAAUUUGGUGAAGGAGAAAGAAUGCAGCUGGGAAGAACUUCUUCAUCACUUCUUUGCUGAUAUCAAAGAAGCAGAAAACUGCAGCUUUGAUAAACUCCAGACUGUGUUUAUCCUUGAUGGUCUGGACGAGUGUCGGCUUCCUUUGGACUUCCAAAAAAACGAGAUCUUGACUGAUGUUACUGAGUCAGCUUCAGUGGACGCUCUGCUCACAAACCUCAUCAUGGGGAAACUGUUCCCGACUGCUCGUGUCUGGAUCACCACAACACCUGAGGCAGCUGGUCUAAUCCCUCCAGGGUGCAUUCACGUGGUGACAGAGAUGAGAGGGUUCACUGAUGCAAAGGAGGAGGAGUACCUCAGGAAGAGAGUCAGAAAUAAGGAGCUGGCCAGCAGGAUCAUCUCCCACAUCCAAGCAUCUCGUAAUCUCCACAUCAUGUGCCACAACCCAGUCUUCUGUUGGAUCACUGCAACAGUUCUGGAGGACAUGUUGAAAACCAAUGAGGCAGGAGAGCUGCCCAAGACCUUGACUGAGAUGUACUCACACUUCCUGUUGGUUCAGUGCAAACUGGCAAAUGAAGGAGCAGAGACACAUCCACGUUGGAUUGCAGAGACCGGCAAGAUGAUUCUGUCUCUGGGAAAACUGGCUUUUGAGCAGCUAAAGAAAGGAAACCUGAUCUUCUGUGAAACAGAUCUUGCAGAAUGUGGCAUUAAUACCAGAGUAGCCUCAUUCUACCCAGGCGUGUUCUCAAACAUCUUUAAAGAAGAGCUGAGGGGCUGUAAGCUGUCUGUGAAAAGCUGUAAAGCUCUGGCCUCAGUUCUCAGCUCCGGGUCCUGCAACCUGAAAGAGCUGGAUCUGAGUGACAACAAUGUGGAGAAUACAGGAGUCAAGGAGCUCGCAAGAGGCUUGAAAGAUCCACUGUGCAGACUGGAAACACUCAGAUUGACUGGCUGUGCGCUGACGUGGAAAGGUUGUGACUCUGUGGCUUUUUUCCUGAGCUCCCAGUCCUCCAGCGUGAGACAGCUGGACCUGAGUAUGAACAACCUGCAGGAUUCAGGAGUGCUGGUGUUCAGCUCCGGACUGGAGAGUCCACACUGUAAACUGGAGGCACUCAGGCUGAGUUUUUGUGACCUGUCAGAACAGAGCUGUGAUGUUCUGGCCUCAGUUCUCACCUCACAGAGCUCCAGCUUGAGAGAGCUGGAGUUGAAUAACAACAAACUGCAGGAUUCUGGAGUGAAGCUUCUCUCUGUGGGACUGGAGAGUCCACGCUGUCAACUGGAAGCUCUCAGGUUGAGGGACUGUCAGCUGUCGGAGAGAAGCUGUGAAUCUCUGGCUUCAGCUCUCAGCUCCAAGACUUCCAGUUUGAAAGAGCUGGACCUGAGCAGCAACGACCUGCAGGAUUCAGGAGUGAAGCAGCUUUCUGCUGGACUCAAGAGUCCUCAGUGUAUCCUGGAGACCCUCAGACUGUCAGGCUGCCUGGUCACAGAGGAAGGCUGCUCCUCUCUGGCCUCGGCUCUGAGCUUUAACUCCUCCCAUCUGAGAGAGUUGGACCUGACCUACAACCAUCCAGGAGACUCCGGGGUGAGGCUGCUCUCAGAUGGACUGGAGGAUCCGCAGUGGAAACUGGAAACACUGAAAGUGGACCAUGGUGGAGAGCAGAGGCUAAAACGUGGUCUGCAGAAGUAUGCUUGUGAACUCACACUGGACCCAAACACAGCUCACAGAAGGCUUCUUCUGUCUGAGGACAACAGACGGGUGACAUUUGUGGAGGAGGACCAGCCUUAUCGUUUUCAUCCGGACAGAUUUGACACCGUCACACAGCUGCUCUGCAGGAACGGGCUGACCGGACGCUGUUACUGGGAAGUCGAGACUGAACGAUGCUUUAGUGUAGGGGUGACUUACAGAGGAAUCAGCAGGAGAGGAAAUGAUGCUGACUGCCAGUUUGGAGGAAACGACAAGUCCUGGAGUCUGAACGAGUAUCUGCAUUCUUGUCACAAAAAGACCAGAACACAUACAGGUGUGUCUUUCAAAAGCCCUGACAGAGUAGCAGUGUAUCUAGACUGGUCUGCUGGCUUUGUGUCCUUCUACAGAGUCUCCUCUGACACUCUGAUCCACCUCCACACCUUCUACAGCAGAUUCACUGAACCUCUCUACCCUGGCUUUGGCUUUGACUAUUCCUGUCCAAGUGAGUCUCCACCCUCAGUAUCUUUGUGUCCACUGAUGAGUGAACAAAGUCAGACAGAAGUUUAGUCUCUGCUCUGUUGAGAUGUGAUCCCACGACAGUGGAGCUGCAUUAGGAGUGAACAGAGGAAACCACAAAGCCGUUAUUAAUGACAGAAAAUUACAGUGAACUACGCAUAUGCCUCAUUAACUGUGAAAGCUUUGUGUAGAAGACAGAAAGCUGAAUGCUGUCAAUGAUGAAACUGAAGAGGUGAAGAUUCUUACUGAAGAGGGAACCAAGAAUCAGAGUCUUACAGUUAUUUAAAACUUCAAGUUUUAGGAUGUUUCUAUAGUACAGGAGACAAGAGCCUGCCAUACUAAGGUUUUCUUUCUUUUCUUUUCCUUUAAUCAUAAUAAUAAUCUUACAACGAGUCAACUUUAAACCUCAAAUUUGUCUUGUAACCAUAGCAACGGGGCUGGAGAACCACUGCAUGAGUCUUAUACGAAGUCUUGCAGUAAAUACUUUCACUUUUUAAACCUUAGAUACAUACACGCAAGUACUUUUGGCUAAGAGUACUUUAGUAUUUGUGCUGGAGUUUUUAUGUGAUAUUAUUUGUACAAGUCAAAGAUCUUCCACCACUGUGUUUGGACUGGUUCCCCCUUUGAGCCCAUGAAGGCCAGCAAGUACAGAUAAUGGAUGGAUUCCAUGAGUGUGUGGUGGAAACAUUUAUGAUCAGGCAAAGCAUUUGAACACACCACCAGAGAGUUUUUCCCAGAAAAUCCCUGUAAAUUGUUUUUACAAAUUUUUUUAUACAAAAUUCCAGGAAAAUGCAUUCACAGUCUAGUUACAAAGUCCUUCUAAACGUCAUUUGAUUAAAUGAGUUUAAUAAUGAAAUAACAGGUGAAUGUGAGUGUUCCAAUUAUAACCACCAGGGGAGACAAUAGACACAGUCUGAGAGCUAGAUCCAAAGUAAUUAGGAGGGAAAUGUAAUACAAUACAAUAUACUUAGUUGUGGCGAUGACUUUUGACAGAACUACUCCGUAUGACUCAAAUAUAAUCACUUGAAUUGAAUGGUCUUUAUGCAGUAGCAGUGUGUAGCUGGUUAAAAUGUCUAAUUGGUUAAAAUACUUCAGAAGCUACUUGGAGUCCCAACAUUCAUGUUAAUGCUUCUUUGACUUAUACCACCGACUUAAACACUGUUGCAGAGAAUGUGUUGAACUGCAGCAGACAUCUUGAACCACCAGAGGGAGAUGUCUCCACAACUAUUAAACUGAGAAACAGUAAAAACCCAAAUUUUCAUGUGAUGCCAUCAUCGAGUUAAAAUGUCAAUUUGUCCAAUACUUACUGAGCUACCAGCUAAAGUCAUUCCCAUCAGGCUCAGCUCUGCUUUGUGUUUAAUACUAAACAGCAAGGUCAUAUUUAACCUGCUCAGAUGUUAAACAUUAAGUUGCCUGUAAGCAUUUCCUCAUGACAACCACGAACCAACAUACCAGUUUCACAUUUACUCACCAAGUCUCUGGAACAAUUCUGAGACUUUUAUCUGUUCUACAAAGAAUUGUACUGUAUUGUUAGAGAGCCACAAGUGUGAUUUUGGACUUCUAGUGUUGUACUAAUCAGAAAAACACGUAGAAUUUAGUUUGAUUUAUCUCUGAUUAGUGUUGUUACGUUUACUUGAUUGUUUAAAAACUAAAUUUUGUAGAUGCCUCAGCUAAAAUUCAAUUCAACUUCUUUGUUAAAAAGGAAACGAGGUGAAUGUUUGCACCUUUUUGUGGUGUUGCUGUACCAUGUAGCAUACUUUGCAUUAGUUUUGAACUCAAACAUGGCUCUUUAUGUUAGACCUAAACGUAGAGUCUGGCUGCUGGGUGUCAGGAUUCACUGGAAACGUUCACUGAACAGUCUUCCAGGACGUAGACUCUCCCGCUGGCAGAAUUCACACUCCAGCAGGUCUUAAUACCUGAAAAAUUAUUUGAAGCAUACAGUAAUUUUUCUGUGGGUGAAGAAGUUAAAUUUACAAUAUAAAUAUAUAUAUAUAUAUAAAAUAAAACAUGAUACCAGCCUCAAACUAA